ACACUUAUCAUGUUAACAUACAAUAAAACUAAUGUCCAUCCCUCAACCUUCAUUCUCAUUGGCAUUCCUGGGUUGGAAGAGGCACACAUGUGGAUCUCCAUUCCCUUUUGCAUGGGCUACAUUUUGGCACUAGUGGGAAACUGUUCUCUUCUGUUCAUCAUCAAGACAGACGCCAGCCUCCAUGAGCCAAUGUACCUCUUCCUCUGCAUGUUGGCAGUGGCUGACCUUGUGGUGUGCACUACAGCUGUUCCCAAACUUCUCAGUCUCUUCUGGUUUCAUGAUGGAGAGAUUCCCUUUGAAGCUUGCCUCACUCAGGUCUUCCUGAUUCACUCUUGCUCAACCAUGGAAUCUGGCUUUCUCGUAGGGAUGGCUUUUGACCGUUAUAUAGCCAUUUGUAACCCACUAAGACACUCAGCUGUUUUGACGCACAAUAUAACUGGGGCAAUGGGCCUGGCUAUUGUACUUCGGGGAGCAGCCUUUCUCAGUCUUCACCCUUUUUUGCUUCGCUGGCUUCCCUAUUGUAAGACUAAUGUAAUUUCCCAUACAUACUGUGAGUUCAUGGCCCUCAUCAAGAUUGCCUGUGCUGAGACGCGCAUCCGCAGAGCUUACAGCCUCAUUGUUGCCUUUCUCACUGGUGGGGUGGACUUCAUAUUGAUAAUUUGUUCCUAUGUCCUUAUACUCAACACAGUCUUCCACCUUCCUUCCAAGGAUGCCAGACUCAAGACUCUGGGCACCUGUGGCUCACAUGUUUGUGUCAUCUUAGUGUUCUAUACCCCUGCUUUCUUCUCCUUCCUCACCCACAGGUUUGGGCAUAAAGUGGCUCCACAUGUACACAUACUUGUUGCCAAUAUGUAUCUUCUUGUGCCCCCCAUGAUGGACCCCAUUAUUUAUGGUGUAAGAACCAAGAAGAUAAGAGACAGGUUCCUUAAACUGUUUAGUUUUCAAAGAAUUUGAACUUAGUUAUUUUGUUGCUAAGUAGCAUCAAAAUAGAACAUUAUACUUUUG